AUUUGGGUGUCUCCGCCCUUACAGACAGGACACUGUGUCUCAAGGAGCAGCAAGGUCCUGACUCCUGGAACAACUGACCAGUAACUGUACUGUGGGCUGUGGUGGGUUUCCCAUCCUGAAGUUGAUGAAAGGACUGUUCACGGCCUCACCAGCUGAUGCAAGAUUGCGGUGAACAGGCUGACUGUGCAGCGCCAUGGAGACAGGAGAAUUAUGUUUGGGAUUCAGUGAAGAAGGCUACCUUUAUCCUGAGUUCUGGACUCUUCGUGUUUGCUGCAUUUAGGAACUCGGUAACUUGGCACUUGCAGCAAUUCUGGGGAGCAUCAGGGGACUUCUGGCAGUCACAGUGGGGAAAGGCGUACGACUUCUUCCAAGGCAAUGAGUGGAUUCUCUUCUUCCUCGGUACAGUGGUAAUCCCGAUCAUUGCCUUCUGGCUGGUGAAUGGACUUCUGUUGAUUGUGGACGUCACUGGAAAACCGCAGCUGAUUACACGUUACAGGAUUCAGGCGGGCAAGAAUGACCCGGUGGAAUCGGCUAAACUGCUUCAGGCCAUUAGGAUGGUCGUGUUUAACCAGGUUUUUCUGUCAUUUCCCAUGGUCUUGAUGAUGUACCCCAUCAUGAAAUGGAGAGGUAACCCUUGUGGCACUGAGCUCCCCACCUUCCACUGGGUGCUGCUCGAGCUCUGCUUCCUCGGCCUGCUCGAAGAAGUGUUUUUCUACUAUUCACACAGGUUAUUCCACCAUCCAACACUUUACAAACAUAUUCACAAGAAGCACCAUGAAUGGACAGCACCAAUUGGAAUCAUGUCGCUUUAUGCCCAUCCAGUUGAGCAUGUGUUCUCCAACAUGUUGCCGCUGAUGGUUGGUCCGAUCUUCCUGCGAUCGCACGUGGCAACUGUGAUGCUGUGGUUUUCUCUGGCAAUGUUAAUGUCCACCAUUUCCCACUGUGGGUAUCACCUCCCGCUGUUGCCUUCUCCAGAAUUCCAUGAUUUCCAUCACCUCCGAUUUGACCAGUGUUUUGGAGUGCUGGGAGUCUUGGAUCGCUUGCACCAGACCGAUACUGUGUUCAGAGCAAGCAAAGAAUAUGAGCGCCACACUCUUCUGCUUGGUCUUGUUCCUCUAUCUGAGACCAUUCCUGAUUCCCCCAAGAAAAAAUGAAGCUAGCCCAGAACCAGUGAGGCAGACUCUGCAAUCCUUAACCUUUUAUUAAUUUUUAACCCUUUGAUUGUGGUUUGAUUUGAUAGUGAUCUUAGAUUUUUGAUUUUCUGAACUUUCAAAUUCUGUCAGAUCCAGAUCCACACACAAGAAAUGUUGUUUGAACAAGUCUAUGGAUGUACUGUGGAGAUCUAUGUUCUAGAUGAUCCUUACAUUUCCUGUGGCAUACUCAUCGCUGAGUUAAGUUCACGAUCUCCUGUUUGAUGUGGUAAUUAAUUAUCAAAGCCUAUUUCACAUUAGCUUCACACAGCUCAUAGUUUGGAUUGACAUCAUAGUUGGCACAGACAUGAUAGGCUGAAGGGCCUGUUCUUGGGUUGUACUGUUCAAUAGCCCCACCCUCCCACAUUACUCUACCUGAAGGAACCAAGAGUGAUGACAAGGCUGUUGCAAUGUUUACACAUUUUCAUUCUCUAACAAGAAUGGUAACUGAAUUGUGGGUCAACGUUAGCUGACGGGGGGAAGUGGGGGGGGGGGUGUUGUUUUCCUGUUAUUUAGCAAAGGCGGUGAAAUUUUAGCAAAAAAAUGGUAGAUACAAAAGUUUUGACAGUUAAGAAUAAAAGCAGUUUAGUACUUUUUAAAAGGAUCAAGAUGGCUUGGAACUGGACCUCUUUGUAACCAGGGGGGAAAUGAACAUUGGCUGAGAUGCAGAGAUCUUGAACUGGCCUUGCUCAAUGCUUGUGUUGACAGCAAUCAGUUAAUACUAUUAUUAACAUUAUAUGUACAAAUAAAACCAAUUAUUCAACCAUUGAAUCAGUGACCCCAGGAUAUAUUUUUUUUAACCUCCACACAAAAAACAAUCUUAGUUCUGGCCAUUGCCAGCUGGAUGACAUGCACAGAUAUUGGGUUGAGUAACCCACAAUGUCAAUAAAACCAUCUUUUAGCUACAGAUAUAUAUAGAUCAGGUGGAAAGUUGGGCAGAGUGUUGGCAGAUGGAAUUUAAUCCUGACAAAUGAGAGGUGAUGCAUUUUGAGAAGUUAAAUAGGAGUAGCACAUGUACAAUGGUAGGACACUAAUGAUCAGAGACCCAAGGGUCAAGUCUGUAGCUCCCUGAAAGUGGCAACACGGGUGGAUAGGGUGGUGAAGAAGGGGUAAUGCAUGCUUAUCUUCGUAGGUUGGGGUGGAGAAUGUAAGAGUUGGAUGUUAAGUUGCAACUUUACAAAAUUGCCUUGGCCACACUUGGAGCACUGUGUGCAGUUCUGGUCACCACACUGGGAAGGAUGUGGCUGCACUGGAGAGGGUGCAGAGGAUAACAAUAGACAAUAGGAGCAGAAGGAGACCAUUCGGCCCUUCGAGUCUACACCACCAUUUUGAGAUCAUGGCUGAUCCUCAACAAUCAAUAUCCUGUUCCUGCCUUGUCCCCAUAUCCCUUGAUUCCCCUAUCUAUAAGAAACCUAUCUAGCUCCUUCUUGAAAGUGCCCAGAGAAUUAGCCUCCACUGCCCUCUGAGGCAGUGCAUUCCACAAAUUCACAACCCUCUGGGAGAAGAAGUUUUUCCUCACCUCUGUCCUAAAUGGCCUAGCCCUUAUUCUUAAAUCAUGCCCCCUGGUCCCGGACUUCCCCAACAUCUGGAACAUAUUUCCUGUCUCUAUCUUGUCCAAUCCCUUAAUAAUCCUGUAUGUUUCAAUCAGAUCCCCUCUCAAUCUUCUCAAUUCCAGCGUGUACAAUCCCAGUCUUUCCAACCUCUCAGCAUAAGACAGUCCCGACAUCCCCGGAAUUAACCUCGUAAACCUACGCUGCACGCCCUCUAUAGCCAGGAUAUCCUUCCUUAACCCUGGAGACCAAAACUGUACACAAUACUCCAGGAGUGGUCUAACCAGGGCCCUGUACAAAUGCAAAAGAAUCUCUUUGCUUUUGUACUCAAUUCCCCUUGUAAUACAGGCCAACAUUCCAUUAGCCUUCAUCACUGCCUGCUGCACUUGCUCAUUCACUUUCAGUGACUGAUGAACAAGGACUCCUAGAUCCCUUUGUAUUUCCCUGUUACCUAACUCCACACCAUUCAGAUAAUAAUCCGCCUUCCUGUUCCUGCUCCCAAAGUGGAGAACCUCACACUUAUCCACAUUAAACUUCAUCUGCCAAGUAUCUGCCCACUUACCCAACCUAUCCAAAUCACCUUGAAUUCUCCUAACUUCCUCUGCACAUGUCGCACUGCCACCCAACUUUGUAUCAUCAGCAAACUUGCUAAUGUUAUUCACAAUGUCUUCAUCUAAAUCAUCAACGUAGAUCGUAAACAGCUGCGGUCGUAAACAGCUAACGGGAGACAUAGGGUAGAUAGAAUCUUUUCCCAGGGUAGGGGUAUCAUAACAAGAGGGCAGGUUUAGGGUGAGAAGGAGGAGUUUUAAAAGGGAUUUAAGGAGUAAGUUUUUCCACAGGGAGUGGUUGAUAUCUGGAACUCGCUGCCAGAGGUGGUGGUGGUAUAAGAUGCAAUCACUGUUUUAGAGAAAUUUAGACACACACAUAGAAACCCUACAGCACAAUUCAGGCCCUUCGGCCCACAAAGCUAUGCUGAACAUGUCCCUACCUUAGAGAUUACUAGGCUUACCUAUAGCCCUCUAUUUUUCCCAGCUCCAUGUACCUAUCCAAAAGUUUCUUAAAAGACCCUAUCGUAUCCACCACCACCACCGUUGCCGGCAGCCCAUUCCAUGCACUCACCACUGAGUAAAAAAACUUACCCCUGACAUCUCCCCUGUACCUACUCCCCAGCACCUUAAAUCUGUCCUCUUGUGGCAACCAUUCCAGCCCUGGAGAAAAGCCUCUGACUAUCUACCUGAUCAAUGCCUCUCAUCAUCUUAUCUUCCUCUAUCAGGUCACCCCUCAUCCUCCCGUCGCUCCAAGGAGAAAAGGCCGAGCUCCCUCAACCUGCUUUCAUAAGGCAUGCUCUGCAAUCCAGGCGGCAUCCUUGUAAAUCUCCUCUGCACCCUCUCUAUGGCUUCCACAUCCUUCCUGUAGUGAGGUGACCAGAACUGAGCAUAGUACUCCAAGUGGGGUCUGACCAGGGACCUAUGUAGCUGCAACAAUAUCUCUCAGCUCCUAAAUUCAAUUCCCCCAAUACACCAUGUGCCUUCUUCACCAGAGACAACCUAUGCAGCUACUUUGAGCAUCCUAUGGACUCGGACCCCAAGAUUCCUCUGAUCCUCCACACUGCCAAGAGUCCUACCAUUAAUACUGUAUUUCGCCAUCAUAUUUGACCGACCAAAAUGAACCACUUCACACUUACCUGGGUUGAACUCCAUCUGCCACUUCUGUCCCGCUGUAACCUCUGACAGCCCUCUGUACUAUCCACUACACAUCCAACUUUUGUGUCAUCUGCAAAUUUACUAACCUAUCUCUCCCCUCUGAGAAUGUGUAUAAGGUAUAAGGAAAGGUUAGGAGAGUAAAAGAUUGUGAGCCCUGAGACAUGAAUUAAAGGGUACAUCACUAUGGCUGUAAUAGACUGCUUGAAAUAGCUGUGCUUCACUUUGCAGUGCCUUGUUCUAGCGAUUUUGCUUGCUUCAGCCAGUUUUCUGCAGCCUUGAGGAAUGAUUGUACUGGUACUAUCAGUUCCUGUCUCAGCAAGUCUGCACAAUUGACUCUUGCUCCACUAAACUGACCCUGAGCCCACCAUGAGAAACCUUAUGUAUACAAAGAUAAGCGGUGGAACAAGAUGGUCUGAAAAGAUUAAGGAACUAUAGCUUUAGUAGAAGUAGUAACUUUUUAAGUAAAUUCCUUUGUCUGUAACCAAUCGCGAUGUAGAAAAUAAGUGCAAUGCUGCCUGACUGAUGCAUGAUCAUUCCUUAUAUGGUAAUUGUUUGCAUCUCUGAAAAAGUAUAAGAAUGUAUGUAGAUCAAUGUACCUCAGAGACCACCCAGUCCGGGAUGUAGGUGCCUGGCUUGGUGCCCUCUCUUCGGAUCAAGUAAUAAAGAGAUUGAACGAGAA